CCACCCCCCCUCCACGCGGCGUCGUCCCGCGAGGACUGUCCCUCUCUGGAAGUCGUGUGUCCGUUGUGUCGGUGGAGUCCGGCCGACAUGCGCUCCUUAGCGGGACUUGGCGCCCUCGUGGCCGCGGCGAGCGUCUUCCUCUACGUGCUGUCCACCCACCUCCCCCCGGGACCCGCGCGCGGCCCGCCGGACCCCGCGGGGGGGGACGACGGGGGGGUCCGGGAGUACAGGCUGAAGUUCCCGUCGGACCUGGACGAGCUGCGGGAGCUCGCCGAGAUGCUCAAGUUCUACAAAAGAGAACAUCACGGCUACGUGCUGCUGCUGUUCUGCAGCGCUUACCUGUACAAGCAGUCCUUCGCCAUCCCGGGCUCCUCCUUCCUGGUGAGACGGCCGCCGAUUGAACGAAGCCUGUCCAGCUUCCAGAGGGCGACUUUUCACGCCCCCCCAAUCCGUCCAAUCCCCCCUCAGAACAUGCUGGCCGGUGCCAUAUUCGGGCCCUGGGAGGGUCUGGUGCUGGCCUGCCUGCUCACCACCGUGGGCUCCACCUUCUGCUUCCUGCUCUCCGCCGCCUUCGGAAAGCAGCUGGUGGUCCGGCACUUCCCGGAGAAGGUGUCCCUGCUGCAGAGGAAGGUGGAGGAAAACCGCAGCUGUUUGUUCUUCUUCCUCCUCUUCCUCCGUUUCUUCCCCAUGACCCCCAACUGGUUCCUUAACAUCACCUGUCCCGUCCUGAACAUCCCCAUCCCCGUCUUCUUCUUCUCCGUGCUCAUAGGUCUGAUCCCCUACAACUUCAUCUGCGUCCGCACGGGCUCCAUCCUCUCCUCCAUCUCCUCCCUGGACGACAUCUUCUCCUGGGGGACGCUGGCCCAGCUGCUGGGCAUCGCCCUCGUGGCGCUCCUCCCCGGGGCGCUGAUCAAACGCUACGGCGGAGAUCACCUGCGGGUGGAGACCGAGGCCGAGGUCGAGCCGGACCGCAAAAGGCGGUGAUCCCAGGGACGCCAGAGGAGGAGGAGGACGCCACGGCGGGUGAAUUUGAGACGGAGGGGGGUCCCACCACCCGGCUCUGAACCCUUUGGAUCAUCCAGACACUCGUCUUCAUCGCCUGGUUGCAUUUCGUCCUCCAUCGCCGCAGCGGUUGGACAUAUGGACCUUCUGUCCAGUGGCGAGUGAUCACCGGGCAAAGUGAAUGGAGGACAACGGGGAUCUGUGAACAUCUCGCCUCUUGAAGCACUCACACACGUCUUAAUGUGGCUGCCGUCCCCGGGGACACGUCAGCUGUGACCUCACGACAACGGAGAAGAUCUUACAUGGAUGGAUGUGUCCACUCUUUUCCCACCUCAGAAAAGAGUUUUUUUUUCGGAUUUUCCAUCAGCCGAGAGUUUCCCAUCAUGCUUUGCAGUCGGAGGAGAGGGUUUGUUGUUGUAGAAAUAACUUUGCAUUUAGAGAACUCGAGGAGAUUGUACUCGUCUUUGAGAGGCCGCGUUGAUUCCGUCAGUCAAUGAUGGUGGUAUUUAUUAUUUAUUUAUAUGUGCGUUUUGUAGGACAGUUUUUACAUAAUUCUUAAAUUCUAGCUCCUCAUUUAGUGUUAACUGACAGUCAGACGCUGAUGUUCUUGAAAAAGUAAAAAUACAACCAUCCUCUACUGCAAUAUUUGGAUAAAUUUCAAGAUUAUCUUUAAUAAAAAUGUGCUGGUAGUAUUUUGGAUAUUUAUUAUCAUACAAACUAAACACGUCGGGCUUUUUGUGUCCGUACGGAGACGCUUUUAUAAAUAUAAAAUCGCAUUUUGUUGAGAAGAACUAAAGUUCUAAAGGGCUCAAGACUGUAGUUCUACUCCAAUCUUCUCGGGGGAGACAAUCUUUAAUAUCUUAAUAUUUUUGUAAAUCAAACGUCUUGUGUGUUAUGUAAUAAAAUCUGUCGCGUCUGUUAAAUCAA